AUGUUUGGUCAGUCUGCACUCUGCCUGGCGAAGCGUUUUCGCUACAACACAAAGUACCCUUCUUUGGUCUCGUACAACAAACUACCGUGGGAAAUACUCAACCAUGAAACCCCGGAGUUUCACAUGCAUGUUGCACCACACUAUGAGCAGAUUAUGACGCUUGCUGCCUCCACACACGUGCCACACAUUGUUGGUAAGAAACACUUGGAGAUGCCACCGGAGCAUCAGCUACGGCUGCUUCCUGGGAUGUUUUACAUGUUGGAUGGCGAUUCGAUUCCAGAGGGGUUUACCGCCAAUCGCGUUUUAGACCCAACGGCACUGCAGUACUACGGCCGCUUGGAAAGUUUAGUUGCCCCUGUGCAGGCGGUGCGGAUGUUGAUAUCGGAUGAUCUUCGAAUUAUAUGCAACAGCGUCACACUUCAAGGACCUCUGCGAUUGCCUGUUGCGUCAUAUGCGUCAUUGGCGUCAUUGGAUGCCGUUACAAAUAAGGCGAGUGCGUCCUUUACAUUAUUUCACUUUGUAAGACCCAACCGGCCACCGAGUGAGUUACACCUGGAGAAAUAUUACAUCCACGCUCCACGUGCCAUGGCGUUAGCGGAGUUUAAUUCCAAAAGCAACACAAGUUGGGAACCAAAAUUGCAGGCACCGAAGCGCAGCAAGCGGGUGACGCCACUCCCCGCGUACAGGCCGCCUCAAAGUUAUUUGAUGGGUCUGGCGGAGCGUCUUGCGGUGGUGCCUGGUAGUUCUUUUGGUCGCCGCUCGCUGAUGUGGGGUCACUGGUUUUAG